AAGUCAAUAAUCAGACUCUCAAUGUUCCUGUUUGAGUGUCGCUGUCUAGCAGCUGAUAUAAGAGGGUUACAUAGAUGGGAAAAAGAUAUGAAAAUGAUAAAAUUACUGAAUUAGUGAGUAAACUGUAUUCAUCGGAUGGAAACAGUAAAUAAUAAAUGGAGACAACUGCAGAAACUGGCAUGCACUUAGCAAGAUAAAAAAGAGGGAAGCAUCAAGACAAGGAAUGAAACAGAGCUAAAUAUUUAAGGAAGACAAUACAUUAAAAAAUAAAAAGGAUAACCAAAGAUAUUCAUUUCUUUCUUCAAGCCAAAUACACAAGAUAUGCAACAUGAAUGAAGACAUUGUGUACUCGGAUAUUAAAUUCAGACAGUCAUCUUCUGGAAAACAAAACCACAAACCAGAAGGAAAUGGAGAAUCUGGUACAAUAAAGCAAGAAGCUAUAAUAAAAACUGAAGAAACUGUCAAGAAGAAAAUUGAUCUAAGACAGUCUGAAACAUUUGCCAAAAAUGGAGUCCUUAUCCUCUGUUUCCUUCUUUUAAUCCUGGCAAUAGUUGUAAGCAUUCUCUACAUUCAAGAAAAAAGGAGGAAUGAUGAUUGCCUUAUGCAAACUAAGACCCUGGAAAAUAACUUCAGCAUCUUAUUUCAGAAAUGUUCUCAAUUAAGUGAUGGAUUUUGCAACCAUUCUAAUGCAACCCAGUGCAGUCUCAACCCAUGGGGCACCUCCAUAUUUUCUGGUUGGACAACAUAUUUUGGAAACAGCACCUACUUCUUCUCAAAUGAACAGCUAAACUGGGAAAACAGCAAGAAUGCUUGUCUCUUAAUGACGUCACAUUUAGCAGUUAUCAACAGUAAAGAAGAGCAGAUUUUUUUAAAGAACUCUUCAAGCAUAAAGAAUAAACCUUUAUGGAUUGGAUUUACUGAUCAGAAAGAAGAAGGAAAGUGGUGCUGGGUAGAUGACCCAGCAUGCAACACACCUAAUGUAACGUUUUGGGGAGAAAAGCAGCCUGAUAAUCAUAACAAUGAUGAGAACUGUGCCACAGAAAAUUAUAAUAACAAGAGUUGGAUGACCUGGAAUGAUGACAACUGCCAAAAGAACUACAACUGGAUUUGUGAAAAGAGUGUUAUACCUAUAUUUUUAUAAUAAACCCUGCAUUUUUUUUUUACUUUACAGAAAUAGGUUCCAUUAAAAGGAAAUCUGUAUGUUGUGGUUACCUGACAGAAAUGUAAAUAGUCACUUGAACUCACAGGACCCUAAUGUUUUCCAUAUUAUCUUUUCAUAUAGACUUGGCUAUCUUUUCAUUUUGUUUAUAUGCAAAAUAUAAUAAGAACUAAAAGAAACAAGAAAUGCAAUGCAGCAGGGACCAUCAGCUACUAAUGACUCAGAAACUCAGACUUUAUUAAAUCCUAAUCAGGGCACACAGUCCAUUUCAUUAGAAAUUCUCAAAAGAGAUCAUUCUUCCAUCAGAACAAGUUAACUUCAAAAGGAGUAUUAUUGCAGCUGAUUUGUGUUGAUUCACAGUACCUAAAUCAGACAGAUAAUUUAGUUUCAGAUACUUAUGCAAUAAUUCAUGCCUUAGAAAGAUAUUUAUCAAUGUAAAAUUAUCUUGUGAGAAAUGAUUCAACAAAUCAAUUAUACUCGAGUAUAAUGGACAGCAGAACACUUUAUCAAUACAGGUCACGGAGCAUCCAUAAUGUAUACAAUAAUAAGAAAUGUCACAAAAUGCUGGCUGUGUAUUCUAGAAAUCCAUAUGGAACUGAAGUGACUGUAUAAAGCAUUCAAGCCUUGAUUCAAAUGACUUAAAACGUAUCUAUCAAAUGCCUCCGGAUCCACCAAUAAGUGCCACAAUACCAAGUAUAGUUCCAAUUUAUUGGGACAUAAGGAUGAACUGACAACGACAACAAUGUAAAACCAAUGACAUAAAGAAACUAGUUAAGCGCUUUCAACCAUUACAACUGGUCUUCUUCAGAACUAAGACGCCAUACUCCACAAACAGUUUAAAUAACUUACUUGGCACCAAAAAAUCACAGCUUCUUAAAGCUACAUGUACACUUGUUUCAUAGCGCUGCAUACAUUGCGAUCUAUUCACAUAUUAAACAAGUUAAAAGACACAUUAAAAUUAAAUUAUAUAAAAUGUGAUAAUUUGUUGUGAUUUAACUUAGCUUCUUUACACAGAAUUAAUGAGAACUGGUAUUAAUAUGUAGUGUUAAUGACUUUAAAUGUGUAUAAAUUUGUCACGUUUAUAAUCGUAAAACCUUAUAUAUUUUUUUUUGUUUUUUUUGUUAUUUUGUAUAGUAAGCAGAAAUUCCUUCUGUGAUUGCCGAAUACAAUGAUAAAUAAAUAAAUGAAUUAAUAAAUAUAUAAAUAUAAAAUAUAUUAAAACGUAUCUAUCCCAGAUCUAUAGUGAUGAACACUCUCUAGGUCAUUGAGUUACUUUCAAACACUUAUGCAAUAGCUCAUGCAUUAGAAAGAUAAGGUAUCAAUGUAAAAUUAUCCUGUAACAAAUGUUUCAACAAAUCAAUUAUACGCGAGUAUCCUGGACAGAAGAAUGCUUUAUCUAUACAGGUCACAGAGUAUCCAUAAAAACUUGUUAUAACUUGUUACAACCUUACAUGAGUAACCAUGUUCUGUGUUCCACCAACAAAUCGUUAUUAAAGAUAUCCAAAGUUAAUAAUGCUGCUGGAGAAUCUCUUUACUCUAAUUACUUAGCCAAAAUCUGGAAUACUCUGCCCCUGGAAAUGAAAAAUAUCAGCUGUACUACAGGAUUCAAAAAGAUCCUUAAGACCCAUUUAACUAAUACAUAGAUAUGAUCUUGUAUCAACCCUGAUUAAGGAACAUGAAUAUGGUCUACCACCAACCCUAGUUUUAAAAAAAUCUGGCCACUGUUAAGUAUUGUCAACAUAUAUUUUACCAUUCAUUUCUGUACUUUGUAUAAAAUAUGCCUGUAUUACCUGCAAAUAACAAUGUUGUGCAGUUGUAAUGUAAACUGUAAAAUGUACUCUCUACUCUAGAUCCUUGCACAUACUUAGUUAUUUUUUAUUUUGUGUUCUUGUACUAUUUUGUUCCAUCACUGUAUCCUUUUAAAAUUUAUUUGUGUAUUAACUGUGGAGCUUUUCUCUCCAGGCCACCUCUGAAAAAGGACAGCUUGUCCAGUCAGACUUUCCUGGUAAAUAAAUAAAUAAAUAAAUAAA